AUGAUCGUGCCUGCAAGGGAGCGGUCGCAGGAGUCAACGCCGGCACAUGUGUAUCAACUAAACACUUACGAGGUGCUCCUGACACAAACAAGCCUAUGGGGAUGGGAGAAGCAGCAACCCUUGCUUGCUCCCAUCCCUCCAAUCCGUAAAACUAAGGAGUCAUCGUCUCAGCCAGAAAACCAGAGCUUCUUUGAGAUUCUUAUAAUAUUGACUCGAGCGAGUUUUGACCAAAAAGUGAGACAGGCUGCGGACAUCGAGUGCUCUACCAUGAGACAAUCUUCGCCUCGCCCAGACAAGAGACGAAGGCUCCGCGAGUCUCGAGAUCCUAGAAGCAACGAUGAUGCCAAAAGUGGACAGCAAGAACGCGAUAGAGAUCAUCUGGAACAGGAUGAUAAGCACGCCUAUGUUCACUCCUGGAUACAGACCUUGCCUUCGCAGCCCAGUUUCGACGAUGGCCCUAUAGAAGCUGAUCAAGACAUCGAAGACGUGGAGAGGUGGAAGCCUCAUAACUUGCCUCUAAGCAAGUAUAGGUCCGGCUACGGAAAUAAACUGGACCAAAAUCGAUCCUCUUGGGUUCUGAGGGAUCACCCGCUUCAAUCGCCACCACGCCCAAAUGAGAAUGAUAACGGCUCAUCAGGCAGCUCGUCUGCCUCCGUGCCCUCCGGUAUUGGAACAGAUCAUCAAAACUCAGAAUCUCUGAAGCAGGACGUGUACAGGAAGAGACCAAGAGCAAGAACCCGACCCGAACGUUAUGAUUCGAACAAAAGGGCAUCUCAUACCGCCCAGAAUAAGCACAGGCCAAGUAGAAAACGGAAGUCUGGAACAAAGCGGAGAAAACCUCCUGAGGAGAAAUCACCCAAGAUGCGCAGCAGUGGAUCACAAGCUCUUCGGUCUCGGAAGGAUAUCAUGAACAGAUUCACGUCCUCUGCGAUCCCAAGUACGACAACCAGGGUCACGCUGAAACCGAAUUUCACGGCUGGCUUAUUUAUGAAUGGGAGAGGCCCACUCUCAGGCCAUAACACCGAACCUGCGGACUUAGACCCUCCCAUUGAUAAGUCUUCCGCACCGAUGAUACACUCCGACAACUUAGAAACCACCGUCCCGGAAAAUGGCCAUGGUGAAGAAAUUUUAAAACACAGCCAGCUAAGAACUAGGAACCGAAGGCGGGAGUAUUUUGACGAAGCCGAGGACUUUUUCGCCCACGGGCACUUGGAUCAUGAGAGACGAGUUAAUGCGAACGACGCAAUGGCAGCGCAAACAAAAGAUGCCAACCCAACGUGCGCAGCGUCCAAAAACCAGAACAUGCAAGAAAGCUCUUCAAAAGGAGAUCCAGAGGGUCAGGCCUUGGAUGGAAAAGCUUGUCUUCAGCCUGACCCCGAAAUGAGUGAUUGCCUAGAGAGUAACACCGGUCCUGGCCCAGCGGCCCCAGUUGUAUCCAGGGCUGAGACCCUGGUAAAUAGCCCGGAAUCGGAUGGAAGUUCUAUACCCACCCCUAUAUUGAGGAGGCUUUUCCAAACUGGAGUUUUUAGUUACCAGGGUUCCUUUGUGAAAGAUCAAAGAGAACCGCGCGCGCCCGAGAGAGUAGAGAUCAUUCCUGGCAGUUACUUAGAUGGGUUAGGCAACAACAGGGCUUUGGAAACCAACCAGUUUCCGGCCUGUAAUACCCAGCCCUCCACAGAAGAAUUGAAACACAGCAUGGAACCGGAGUAUAGCGUCCCUGGCCUUCACGAGAAGCUGCGGCAGAUCAAACAUCAUCCCCCUCGAAACUCACACUGCCUAGUUAUACUGGGUUAUCCGGAUAUCCCUGGAGCUCAAAAGGAUUCCAUGGCUGUGAACGUCUUGAUAUUCCCACUGCCGAACGGGUCCGUCUCCCUACAGCUCCGCUUGUGCCUGUAUCAGUCCCAGUGGAGAAUUCCUCCAUUCAACCCUUCGUCGGAUCCUCCAUGUUAG